AAUAUUUAUUUUAACAUUUAUUUAAUAUUAUUCCUCAACUACUAAAUUUAGUCUGCAAUUAUACUUGCGAAGUAGUUUUGUAUCUCAAAUUGAUAAGAGUUUUAACUGAAAUGAAAUUCAAGAAAUUGGUAUUUUUUAUCUGGUGUAAUUAAAUAUUCUGAAGCUGUAAGCACCGACGAAAUACUAUUAAAGAUAGCCAGCCUUACGGGAGUUUGUGUAACUGUUAAAUUUUAAAUGAUCAACUGAUAAUAUAAUAGUACUAAUUUUAUGAUUGUUGUUAUCCUGAUGUUUCGUAGAUAUGUUUAUGUAUUUAUAUCCCAAAAAUUCUCAAUUUUUAUUAAAAACUGUAGUUUUAAUAUUAUUAUCUAACAAUAAAUUUAAUUAGCCACAGAGAUAAUAACUGAUCAAAAAGAAUUGAAAUUUUGAAGCAAUAUACAGGGUGUACCAAUAGAAUCCGGACAAAUUCAUUGUGAGUUUUCAGAAUCAUUUACUUUAAUAAAAAAUAACAAUUGUAUGAAAAAUAUUUUUAUAUUUCGGUUAGGGCAUUCCUAAAAAACAAUUUUAUUCUAUAUAGCCCCCCUCUACUUCGAUGACCGCUUCAAUUUUGAGCCGGAAGCGUGCGCAUGCCUUUGUCAAAAAUUCCACCAUACUCGCGAACGAUGCCUCAAUAAUGGUUUUCAGCGACAACGUUAGGACGUCGAGUCUUGUUGGAGUGUCGCUCAAUCACGCACCACACGAAAUAAUCUAACGGAUAAAGUCCGGGCUGUUAGCAGGCCAAAAUUUCUUACUCUGACACAUGUUCGUGUUUUUGAAGAGCUGAUUCUGCACUAAGUGGCCGUAUAAGAACCUUGUUUGGAUUCUUCGAGCCGCAUGGCGAUAAGUAAUUUCGUAAAUCGUCGAUUUCGGAUAACAGACAUCAAGGUAAAAAUGGCAGACGUCAGGCUGCUCAUCCAAGAGGAGGGUCGCGCGGCCAGGAACUUAGUAGCCUUUAACGUGCCUGUCGGCACAAAUAACAUAGACAAAAUUACGAAAAAACCGCCCAGUGUGCCAAGACAAACGCAAUUGGGUUCGACAAAGCAAUCUAUGAAACCGACAACGAGAGUAAGGUCUGCUUCUACGGGUCGUGAUAAAAAAUCUGAAUUACAGGCAAGAUACUGGGCAUUUUUGUUUGGAAAUUUACAAAGAGCGGUCGACGGUAUUUAUCAAACGUGCGAGGAGGAUGAAAAUAUCUCCGAGUGCAAAGAAGUCAUUUUAGUGCUGGAGAACUACACACGAGACUUUCAUAAUUUAAUAGAAUGGUUUAAAGUUAAAUGGGCCUACGAAAAUUCAUCUCCGCCGUUACGACGAACUCCGUUGGCUUGGGAAGUUAGGAAAACGUCUCCUUGUCGAAUGUGGAAUUCAACCGUAAUUCCAAAAUCCACUAGUCCCCUGCAGAGAGCGAGUCCGACAGAGUCAGUUUGCAAGAGUCCGGUCGACCAGAUCAUAUGUGAAAGUAAACCAAUUGUAGCGGACAAUAAAGCUAAUCAUGUUAAAGAUGAAUUUGUCCACAAAGUGUUGAAAGAUAACAAAAACAAUGUUUGCAAGAAUUGUUCUUCUGACAUUAAAGAGAAACGUAAAAAUGGAAUAGAUAAGACAGUAAAUCAAACGACAAGUAAGGAAAAAUCGAUGAAGGUAUCCAACAAGGUUCUCGUGAAACAAACAGUACAAUCAAAAACGAACAGUUUUGUUGAUCGCAGGACGUUAAACGACAAUGUAACAUGUGGUUCGAAAAAUAAAAUCGAUGUUCGAAAUAUUUCUAAGCAAACAAAGGACUGUUUACAUGGAAAUAUUGUAAAACUAGUUGAUUCUAAUUUAUCUGCGGAGAAACGAGAACAAACAUGUAGAGGUGAUGAAAAUGUUCAGCUGAGUUCAUGUACUAACUGUGAACUUAUGCAAAAGGAAUUUAACGGCGUGAACAUUGCAGAUGGUAAGACAGACGGGAAAGGUAUGGAUAGCAAAUUGUAUAAUAAAAAUAAUGGGCUGGGAAAGAAUGAAAUUAAUACCAAAGUUAAGAAAGAUAGUAAUAGAAAAUGUGAAAGCAAUAUCAGUACUGAAAAGUUAAGUACAAAGACAACCAUUGUUCAGAGUACUUCAGAAAAGAUAAAUCAAGUUAAUUGUCAAAUAAAUAAACAUUCUCAUGAAAUUGGUGAUAAAUCAAAUACUGAAGAUAUUUUGAACACAUCAUCUAAUAAUAUAGAUAAAAACUCCGUAGUACUUAACGCAAAUAGACCCGCCUACUCAACUGUGUCGCAAACAAAAAGUUCUAAAGUACAGUCGUCAACUUCAUCCGAAACUCCGAAGUUCACUAGAAGUAAAACUUGUUUAAGUGAUAAAAAUUUGCCUUCUUCAAAUAAAAGAAAACCUGGAACGUCUGUUAUUGUGAGAGGACGGUUUCAAACUUCUGAAAAUAAGUUAUCAGAACAAAAUACCUUAAAAAAAGAUCAAAAUAGAGACAUAAAUGGAUCAGUAGAAGUUUUAAUCAAACAAACAGCAUCUCCAAAGUUAAAAGACGAAAAUGAUGGUUGGCAAACAGUAAGGAACCGCUGUAGAAGAGGGAGCACUCAUAAUUUGAACAUGUCUACACGAUUUCAUAAACCAAGUACUGCUCUAUCUUUGCCAGUUUUAUCAAUAGAAAGUCCAUCAGAAAAGCUAAAGAAGACUAGUUACACUCCUGAUGGAAACAAGCAAAAGAAAAAAUGUAUUGUAGGAAAAACUGGCAAAAAUAUGAAUAAUGAAGUAGAGAAAGUUAAAGGAGAAUUCAUAACUUCUACGAUUAAAAAUAAUCUCGAAGACACAUUUAAAAAGAAUACGUUAAAUUUGUGUGAUACUAAUUCGACAUCAGUGAUUGCAGCUAUUUUUAAGAAUGACGCAGAAUUACUUGAGAAACGUAUACAACAAUUUAUGACCGCUCAGGCGGAAAGAGAAAGAAUUAUCUUAGAGGAAGAAAGGAAGACGGAAGAAGCAGAUUCUCAAAGAUCUCAGCAGCUAUCGGAUGAAGAGGCAUCUUUAAAACGGCAGAUUUUGGAAUUGGAAUCCACCGAAAUUGACGUUGACACUGAAACAGAUGAAACAGAUGGUGAAAUGGUACUUGAAAUGGAAGAUGAGUCUGCAGUACCGCUCAGUGUUGUCACUGAUGAUAUUAGUUUAGAAGAUAGGUAUGAAAAUAUGUUGGAAGGCAUGUCUUGGGCGGAAAGAGUCGAUACUCUUGCACAAUUACGUGCAUUAGUGGCUCGCCAUCCAGGGCGUGCUUUAGAACUGCAUCAGAAACUGUCAUCUCCAUCGCGAAAAAGAUCACUUCCUGAAACAUUAAGAAGAUAUCAAGCAAAACAGGCUUGUGCUCAACACAAACGUCAAAAGCUACUUAAGGAGAAAUCGCAACGAUUGCGAGAAUUAUUGAACAAAGUGGAAGACGUCAAAAGUGCAAAGAGUCAAUUAAUAGAGGACAAAAGGAUCAGAAUGGAAAUGAAACUUAAAAGGGCGGAAGAAAAUAGGACACAACAUUUAUUAGAAAUAGUGAGAAAAGCACAUGACGAAGAUUCGAAGUUGAAGGAAAUUGCUUUUAUCAAUGAACUGGAGGCGCAAAAUAAGAGGCACGAUUUCAUGGCGUUAUGUCAAGAACAAGAAGAAAGAUUACAAGGUAUUCAAGAAGAACGUCAACGCCGACAAGAGGAAAAAGCUGCCAAAGAAGCUGCAGCUGAAGAACGUCGAAGGGCUUUAGAAGCAGAGCGGCAGUUACGAAUACAAAAAAUGAAACAGGCACGACGAGAACGAGAGGAAAGAGUUGGCAAAAUGCAGCUCGAGAGAGAAAAAGAACGACAAGAACUAGCAAGAGAAAAAGCACGAGAUCGUGAAGAACGUUUGUCAGCACUUCACGCAGCUCAAUUAGCUAAUCAGGAAGAGCUGCAGAAAAAAAUAGCGCAAAAGCAACAAGAAUCCGCUAGGCGGCAUGUAGAGAACAUUGAGCACAUUCGGCAACGUGCGGUUGAGUCUUCAAUUUUAAGAUCAGAAGAAGUGCCACCCAUUCUCAAAUCGUAUCCCGCUCAAAAACAAUGUUCUCUGUGCGGCACAAUUAUCUCUAACGAGGUGCAUCUUUUAAGCCAUUUAAAAGGGAAAACACAUCUUGAGGCAGUGCGAAACGCGCAUGAUAAUCGUGAGCCAUCGCGAGAUGAACUUCAACGUUUUAAUAUUGCACAAAUACGGGAUGUCCCUGUCACCGUAGCCAAUAAUAAUAACGCGAACAAAGUUGCAAAAGAGAAGCAAAAGGCACUGAAACGUCGAUGCAGGAAAAUAAAGCAGCGCAUGAGCUCGCGCGGGCAGGAAUGGGAAGACAAACACAAAAGUGAGACAAAUCAAAAUUUGUGUAUCGAAUCGGCCAAUAAAGCUAAAUUUCGACGCAAUUUGAAAGAGCUAGACAGAUUAUAUAAUAAUCAUUCCAAAUCGGCAUGGUCAAACAUAGCACUUGCUACCUUAGAACGCUGUUUGGGAGAAAUUGUUCGAGCUUUCUCUAAAUCGUGUCCACUUGAUCAAGAUGCUUUUAGAUGCUUGAAUGGAUUUGAUACUUUAACAAACUUAUUGAAUUUAGGUUUAAAUACGCAAAAUGUAUCUCAUAUUUUACCAAAUAAAGCAAUCACAUCGCUGUGCCGAGUUUACAAGGCAGGGAUUAGUGGAAACAUUGAGAGCAUAGAAGCUAUCUUAUUGAGCAACAAAAUUCUCGUUAUUUUGGAUCUACUUCUACAACGUUUAGAGACUCUGAGUAGCCUCGACGACCACGCUCAGGCUCAGGAUGUAUCCACCAAUUCAACCGGAAAUAGUACAGUAACUGCCAGCGCGACGCAAUUGCUGUGCUGCCUGAUCCCUGAAGAACCCUUUGAGAAAACGGUCUUGCAGACUCGCGUUCAAGAUAUUGCCGGAUAUCUGGUAGCCGGCGGUUUAGUGGAUCGCGUAUCACGCCACAGUUGGGCCUUAAUCGAGACGGAUUUUUUUCUGGAUCAGGAACAUGAGUCGCCGUUAUUGGUAGCGUCUUAUGAUCUUCUCGCGCGUAUUUGCAGCCAUCUGAGAAGGUCUGUCGAUCAAGAUGCUGUUAGCGUGCAUGGCGAGAGCGGUAGCAGCGUCGAGCAUACGAGCAACGAGUCGCAUUUGUUGUCGACACUUUCAACGACCGAGGCAUCGAGCGCGAUCAGCGUUCUUUACGCGGCGGUCGCGUACACGCCGCAGAAUCAGAAGAGUACUUCGCCUACCCCCAGCCAGACGUUCACGAUCGCUGUACGGACUCUGGCCACCUACGGUCUCAAACUUCUUAAAUCGAUCGCGGAGCUCGAUCUCCGGACGCUACAGAGCUUUUUGGGCGCCGAGGGCACGAGUUUGCAAUGGCGGCUGAUAGCGAGCCACCUGAUAACCCGGCUGUCUCGCGACUCUUUGUCAGACAAAUCGGAGGUGGGAUCUGUGCCGAAUACAAGCGGUAUUCACAUCCUCUCAGAGUUGUUUGUGGUGCUUGGGUACUUUGCUCUCAACAAUCCGGACAAUCAGUUGGUUCUCCAAUCGGCUGGCGCGGGCCCCAGUGUUCUCCAGCAGCUGUGCACGUUGCCGUUCCCGUUUUACGGAGAUCCCAAAUUGAUAACGUAUACGUUGCCGGCACUUUUGGCUGCUAUCCACCACAAUUCUGAGGCAAUGGCGAUAUUGUCUUGCGAAAUGUCGUACGAGUUGCUGGAGCAGUACAGAAAUUCGGACGAAGGUAAAUUAAACCCUUUGGUGCGUUUGUUGAAGAAUGACGUCUAGUCGUUGAUCACGUUUCGUACGUUUCACUAAAGGUUUGAUUAGUUUAAUUUCGUUUCUCAGAGCCAAUUAGACAUUAUUAGGCAUUACAAUUUGUGCGUAUCAUCGAUGGAUUGUUAUAACAAAUAAUCGUUACUCCGACGAGAUAAGAGGAAAAUAGAUAAGAGAGUUUUCGUCGGAUCGUAAUUCGCAUAGUUGCCUGUAUCCGAUUAUCGAACGAUCAAAGAUUGAAUCGCGAUAACGGUAGUUCCUUUCUAAAAGUGAAUGUACGUGCACGUCUCUUCCCGGGAACGAAAGUUAAUUUGAGAGUUAAAUUUACUCAGAAGUAACGCGAGCAAGACGAAGAAGGUAUAACGUACUUUAAUUUAGACCAGUGCUUUCCGAACCAUUUCGGUCGCCUAUUUACAUCCACAACAUACUGAUGGAACACGCAUGCAUAUUUGGCUUUGCAGGCUUGCGGUAUGCAGCGUUUCGUUUCUACGGAGUAUCUUAGUAUCGUUGGGCUUUUUCAAUUAUAAGUGUAUUUUUCAUCGGAUUGUUUUAAGCCCAUCGUUAAAGUUCCCUACAAAGUUACGCUUACAUAAUAGAAUUGUUUGAAACGUGUUUUCGAAAAGUGCUGAUUCAGGUAAUGACACUUGUCGAGAAGUCAGAGUAAAAAAGAGAAUACACGCGCGUUUGCCAAGUUCGAAGUAGAGAACGAAGUUACGAUUUACAUUUCCGAAAUAAUCAUUCAGUGGAGGAAAUCGUUACUUUGUUGAACUGUACGCGGAAUAAUUUAUUCCCGUGCAUUAACAGUGACUUGUGAUUGAAAUUACCCGUCGCCUCGCUGAACGAAUGACGACAGUAAAGAUCAUGACGAUCGUUCCCUGGUAGUUUAGGCUAAAGUAAAGCCCAUUUUCAUAAUAUACGGUUAACUAAAAAGUUAGAUUGACUAUAACUUGAAAAUUAAUUUUCACAUUCUUUUACAAGUUUAUGGUUAAAUAAAUUACACGUAAUACGUGUAUAUAAACUGAAAAGAAGAGUUUUGUUGCAUUAAUAGGAAUUCUGUUAGAUUCAACCAGUUUGUCUGUUCCAAAACGAACGAAUCAGAAAUCUCUUGUAGAAAUUACCAGAUUAUAGUAAAUUCUAUCAAACGUCCUGAUUACAAUAACCGGAGUCUUGUUAUAAUAAUUAUAAGUUCUGUUUGGUUUCACCAGAAACACUCACUCAUAUAAGUUUUGUUAAUAUAAUCAGAUCAUUUUUCUCAGUGUACACGUAAUCUUUAGGCUUAUUUAGCCAUAAACUUGCGAGAGAGCGUAUAAUAAUUAAUUUUCAAGUUAUAAUUAGUCUAUUCUUUUAAUUAUUAUAUGUUAUAAAAACAGGCGUAAAUAAGUGUUUGAUGAAAGUUAUGCAUUCGUGAGUUAUCAUCUCGAAUAGUAUAUAUAUUUUUUUUCAUACGUUCGGUAAACUAAGAAAUGCAGACGGGCUUUUCAUAAUUUUUUUUCUCAAUAUGAAGGCAAGCGAUGCGCGCAAAGCACUAUCGUUCUAGGAUUGGCUCGUAAGACCUUGAAUUUUGUGAAUGUAACAAGAGCGUAGGACAUACAAUAGAGGAUACGCGACGGCGAGAAGUGAUCGAAUAAAACGCGCAGAUUAUCCGUGAAUCUAGUCCUUCUCAUACAGCGUACAUUGUCCAAAGGGUGUUCUGAGAACUUUCUUAAGACAUUCUUAGACAUUUCUCUCUCUGUGUGUGUGUGUGUUUGUGUGCGUGAAUGUCUUUAGGAGGUAUGUGCUGUAUGGGUUUUAAUAUUAGCAGAAUUUUAUACUUGCAAUCAUCGCUGCGUAUCUCGUAUUGUAUUUUUUAUUACCGUCCGUUUCUACGCGUGCCAAUCUGAUGCAAAGAAUGUGUCUUCAAAUGGGCCUUUUGAUAUAGUAAUUGUCGCGUGGGACGGCCCAAUAGAAGUAGAAAGAUAUUCGUGUGUAUGUUAGCCACGUAAACUAUAUACCCGGGGUAUAACAGUCCGUAGAUUUUAGCGAAUUCGAAUUUAUGUUACACACGCGUGUCGUGUGCUCGUUACGCGAAUUACAUUUUUAAGCGUUUCACGAUAAAAGAAUCGAAUUUAGGCUAAACUUUGUAGCUGGACAAGAAAUUAUUUAAGAAAAAUAGUAUUUAUCAAAAAGUAAAGGUUUUAUUAAAAUAAUCAGGAAGGAGUUUUUCUAGUAAUCCGUGAAAUGGAAAUGGUCUUUUAUAAUAUGGCUAUCUAUUUAUUGGGCAUUCCUGGUAAAUAUUUUUUUAUGCGUAAUUAUAUAUUGUAUAUGAUGAUCUAAUUAUACUACUUGUCUCGCCCUUCAAGAUUACGAAGGCAGAUCUUUGGGGCCUUGAGUAAAAAUAAUUUUUUUUUAACAAAAAUUAAUUUUUAUUUGAAGCUGAUUUAUUUGUUUAUAAGUAUACAAUCAAAUAAAAUCCUUUUUUUAAUGACAAUAAAAUUCCUUUUUGCAAAAUUAUCUUCUUGAAUAAUGAUAGGUCUGCAAAUUAAGAAAGUUGAAAAACAAGCUUGAUUAAGAUGUGAAUUAAACCAACGAUUUAUUUAUACAUACAGCCAAAAUAAUUCGGUACUUACAAUAGUUAUCAUCAGCCGCUGAUAAAUUGAAAAAUAAAUACUUAUACUUAAUUACUUAAAAACAGUAGAUCGUUAGAAAAGAUAAUUAAAAAGAAAGAAUCUAACCGGGGAUGUUUAUCGCAGAGCGAGCAAUCAAUUUUUACAUGUUUUUAUAUUAAGUAUAUAAAUUAGCACCUAUUAUAAUUUUUCUCCUCCAAAUUUUUCGCUGUAGAGCGUAUAUUACGUAUUAUAUUGCAACGCCCUAGUUCUGUCAUCUACUUUGAAACAUUUGGCAUAAUGUGGAUAUAAUAAGUUACUGCUUGGGAAUGAUGAGUUUCAGCAGUUAAUUUUGCUGCAUCUCAGAGAUUUGCUAGCAUUUUUUAAGAUUCUUUCGUCUUUAUAGGUAUCAGCUCCAUUAUAACAGGUGCCAACGCUGAAAGAGCUGAGCCAGCUAAGUUUUGCGUAAAUGUAACUUAUCCUUCCUUAUAUAUAUAUACAAUGUUUACAUUUAAUGUAGUAAGUUCCUAGUUGAGUAUUGAACUUCCAGAAAGCAAUUACCAUCCCUUGGAUACUUCAAAAUUAAUUCCUCUUUCACCUCCUUUAAGCCCUCUUGUAACCAAAAGCUUCAUUGAUUGGCCAAACUGGUAUUUCAAGCUCUUUCUUGUUUUUUGGAGUUUUGUCAUUCAGCUCGAAAUUUUUUUUUUUUUGAAUGAUGUUCUGAUUUACGGAAGUAAUACUUUCGCUAUUAUCAGGAUGAUUCUGCUGCUCUGUAAUAACUCCAUUGUGUUAGAUGAUUGGUUCUAUAUUUUAGUGUACCGUUUCUUCAAUUUAGCGAUUCAGUUAAUGAGUUUUGUGCAAAAUAAAAUAGAGAAACAGAACGAGCAUUUCUGGCAUAUUAUUGUAUUAUUUCCGGAAAGGAGAAAAUGCUAUUUAAUCAGCUAAAAAAUAUGUAAUGUUUAUGGAGUAUUUAUAUUUACCGAUCGUGCCGUACGAAAAUGCCCGGAAAGGUAAAUUCAAAAUCGGGAACGUUUAGGACGGUCUGUAAUAACCGACCACGAUAAUGACUGUAAUGGACGAAGAUCCACAUUUUACGCUUCGAGAGAUAGAAAAUAAUGGACAAUACAUUUGUUAAUAAAAGUUUUUUUAUGUUUUAUUCAAGAAAAGGUAAAAGAACCUAUCGAACUUAUGUAACAACCCAAUACAUUCAGAUCCUAUGGACAAGAAUCAAUUAUGUAAGAAUCUUACAACAGUUACCAAGUCGCAACAGUUUUUCUACUGAACGCAGCCAAUGACGAAGAAGAACGAUUGAGACCUCAACACAAAGACACGUCACGA